AUGCUUUCUUGCUAUCCAUUAGAGCUCAUAAGAGAAAGACCUAUCACAGAAGAAGAGACUAAAAGAUCAAAAAGAAGAAAAUGGACGGUUAAUAGUACAAUUACGAAAGAAGAACGUUCUAUAUCCUGCUUUACUGAUCCAGAGGGAAAUGGACCACUUUUUGAGAUGAUCAUUCAGAAACGUGAAUACGUGACGCUCGGGCUUCUGGAAAGUCCACACGAUGCGAGUCUUGAGCUGGCUAAUGCAACAGAUACCGUGAAAGAGUUCUGGAUAUCAUUUGGAAUUUGUCUCACUCGUGAUAUUUCUGAAAAUUAUGAUCUCAAAUCUAUCAGUGUUUUUGAGUCUGUUAAAGAUUUGCAUAUCGAAUCUGCUAUUGAUUUCAUUGACAUAGUUAACAAAAGCAAUUGGAAAAAAAAUAAUAUUGUUCUCUUUAUUGAUAAGUUUGAUAAACUGUGUGAUUCGAAUAUGGAUGUUAAAUCCUCGUGCCUAGAGACUCUUCAUGGCAUUAAAAAUGCAAAAGAAAACUACGCUUUCUGGUCCGUGGUCACCAUCGGGACUUUUGGUAUUACACACCUUGAAUCGGGAAAAGUGUCUACAGCACCAUUUAAUAUUUGUGAGCCAUUCUUGAACCCGAAUUUCAUAUUAGAGCAAGUACAAUUUUUAUUUAAAGAGUUUGAGAAAGACUAUACAUUGACUAUUGAUCCAGAGAUCAUUGAGGAUAUUUACAAACAAUCAAACGACAGAAGGGUUAACUUUGUAGAAUGGACAAAACUUGUUACUAAAUCUAUUGACAAUCAGAUGAUUGAUUAUUCCACUUUCAGGAAGAUGGUUGAAAUGCUUAAUACCAAUAAUAGAGUUAAGCCCGCUAUGGGUCUACUUCGAUCUAUGUUCCUAGGAUUUUUUGAUUUUGUGCCAAUCUAUGACAAAGAAGAAUUAAGACUAGCAGAAUUCUUGGUAGCUUUGGGAAAUGAGAAGACUAAGAAUGAAUUUAAAAUGUCAUCUGUUUUUAUAGAUGCACUGAUUCAGAAACAAGUUAUUACUGUAUUGUACAAAUCUUGUCCAACUAUUCCAGUUCCCCGAACAAAUGAAGGCACUCUGAAAACCCUUGAUAUUUUAAAGGAGACAAUCCAUUGUUUUGAUAAAACUAUUAUUUAUAAUGCUUUCAACCGGUCAUUUAAAACUGCCCUUGUGACAGUGAAUAAUCAAUGUAAUGUGAGGGUCCCUCGAGAAAGUGUUUAUGACACUGAGCUAAAUAGAAUCUUGGUGAACUGGAUUGUCAAAGAAUGUAAUCUUGAGGUCACUGGACAGUGGCAUCUGAUAGAUGAAAAAGACAAACAUAAUUAUAGUGAUAUUAUCAUUACAUCUCAACAUCAAAUAGUCAUUCUUGAGAUUUUAGCAACUGUAACAAAAAGAACUCAAUGA